GCCGCCACCGUGGUGGACGUGGAUGAGGUCCGGGGCUCUGGGGAGGAGGGCACCGAGGUGGUGGCGCUGCUGGAGAGUGAGCGUCCAGAGGAAGGUGCCAAGUCCUCAGGUUUAGGAGCCUGUGAGUGGCUUCUUGUCCUUGCCUCCUUGCUCUUCGUCAUUGUGACUUUCCCUUUUUCCAUCUGGUUCUGCAUAAAGGUUAUACAAGAGUAUGAGAGAGUGAUUACGUUCCGACUGGGACAUCUGCUUCCUGGAAGAGCCAAAGGUCCUGGUCUGUUCUUCUUUUUGCCCUGCCUGGAUACUUACUACAAGGUUGACCUUCGUCUCCAGACCUUGGAGAUACCCUUUCAUGAGGUUGUGACCAAAGAUAUGCUUAUAAUGGAGAUAGAUGCCAUCUGCUACUACCGAAUGGAAAAUGCCUCUCUUCUCCUAAGCAGUAUCGCUCAUGUGUCCAAAGCUGUCCAAUGUCUUGUACAAACCACCAUGAAGCGUCUCUUAGCACAUCGAUCUCUUACAGAAAUUCUUCUAGAGAGGAAAACCAUUGCCCAAGAUGUAAAGGUUGCCUUGGAUUCAGUGACCUGUAUUUGGGGAAUCAAAGUGGAGAGAAUAGAAAUUAAAGACGUAAGGUUGCCUGCCGGGCUUCAGCACUCGCUCGCUGUGGAAGCCGAAGCACAGAGACAGGCCAAAGUGCGGAUGAUAGCUGCGGAAGGAGAGAAGGCUGCCUCGGAGUCCCUGAGGAUGGCAGCUGAGAUUCUGUCGGGAACUCCGGCUGCUGUUCAGCUUCGAUACCUCCACACUCUUCAGUCUUUGUCCACAGAAAAACCUUCCACUGUGGUUUUACCUUUGCCAUUUGACCUUCUAAAUUUUCUGCCCUCUCCUAGCAAUCGAACUCAAGGAAGCAUCCCCCUCCCAAAUUCUGCCAAACCUGUUGAGCCACUAAAUCCCAAAAAGAAAGACUCUCCCAUGUUAUAGGGAGAUGGGCAAAGCAUAAUACAACUGUAAAGCGGUCUUCAGACACUCGGUCCUCGCUUCCUGCCCUUCUCUGGUUGGCAAACGGAAUGUCCUUACAUCUAAGUGCAGGUACAUACAAUGGAAGAUCAUAAAAUGCUGUAAGGAUAUACAAGGCACCUCACAAGUUUAGAUGGACCAUCAGUACUAAUCAGAGUACUUAUGGGAAAGAGCUUUAGUAUACAUUCUAAUUUGGAAAAAAAUUUGAUUCUAAACAUGGUUCAAUUUUGACUUCUGAAACUGUAGUUCAAAUAAAUGUUCCUUUUACUCUACAGACUGGCCCCGUUGGCAAGGUUUUUGCAGCCUCCAUAUUCCUUUCUCUGAAGCCCCUAUCAUUGUGCUUGUCACAUUCAAUUGUAAACCUGCACCUAAGAUUCAGGCUUCUCUCCAACUACACUACCAGUUCUUCACAGGAACUGCUCACUCACCACCCCACCACACGCAAUCCUUCAGUUCUUCAACCUAACCCUGGUAGGUGCACAGUGGUGACACCUCAGUGUUCCUAAGUAAAUGCAAGAAGAGAUGUGCUUGUGUUGGACAUAAAAUUUACACUCCAAAGUAUUUAAAAGGAAUUCUUUCUAUGGAGAUUCCUUUUUUAAAUAAAUUAAUUAAUAAAAAGGUUAAAAACCAUAUAUAUAUAUACUCUUUAAAACUGAGAAAGAAUCAGUAGAAAUAGGGGGGUGAGAGUAUUGUAUUUCAGUGUAGAAUUUACCAGAUUGCUUAUUUCUUCUAACAGUAUGAUCUAUAGAUGCCCUGCAGUAGCCUUUCCAGCUUGCUCCUGACUACUACCACAGAGUUCUUUAGCAGUAGUUCUAGUGGGACUAAGAGCACUCCCCUGCCCUCUAAAGUUCUGGCCUAUGUGUCAGUCAGUGCCUUUGCUCAGUAGAGUAUGAGAAUUAAGUACAGGAUGCAGAAGAAUAACCCUUUGAAAAGGGAUCAUCAGUUGCACCUCCAGCUUUUUCUGAGCUCAGAGAAGCAUUACAGCAUGAUAGCUGAGACCUAUAUUGUAAAGAUACAACAAACAUGAUCUGCACCAAGAUAAACUACUACUUUUUGAGAAGUAAGACAUUCCCACUCCCAGUCCCAAACAGAUAUUCAACAGACUGUGGAGUGGACAAGGUAACAUGAUAAUCCAUUCCCCAUUUCCCACUCUGGUCAUCAAAAUAGUCAAACCUAGGCAAGGAAAAGGAGAAAUUGCCAUCUGGCUGUAACUAUUGCCCACUAUGAGGAAAAACUCUCUUCUAUCCUGCUUUUGCUGUCCUAUGAUCCUGAGUAUGUGUGCACUUUGAAACAAAUGCUUAUAAUGUCAUGGUGGGAAUGAAAUAUAGAAGAUUACAUGUGCAAAUUCUGAAGUGUUUCAAUUUAAAUAAGGCUGGGGAUGGUAUUGGCAAAAAAAUAAAACAGACCUGAGGAUCAGUCGAACAGACUACAAGAUGCAGAA